AGUCACUGCUCCUCUUUAGUCCCAAAUGUCAAUUGUGCCUUCUUUCUUUUCCCGUUUUUGAGAUUCCAUAAUUACCCUUUCUUGAAUUUAGAGUCACUCCACCAGUCUCCAAACUGCUUCCUUUUCUCUUAAUCCCCAAUUCUUGAUUUCAUCAUCCUUUAAUUUAAUCAAAACCCUAGUAUUUUCUAGCUGGAUCAUAGGUUAUUUUAGAGGAAUUGAAUCAAGAAAAGGUUCAAUUUGAAGAUCAGUAAGAGAUGGCAAUAGCUGGACCAGAACAGCUUAACCUAACAGAAGCUCCAACAUGGGGUUCUAGAACUGUUGAUUGUUUCGAGAAAUUAGAACAGAUUGGUGAAGGCACUUAUGGUCAAGUGUACAUGGCAAAAGAAAUUAGAACAGGGGAGAUUGUUGCUUUGAAGAAGAUACGCAUGGACAACGAAAGAGAAGGGUUUCCAAUAACUGCUAUACGUGAAAUUAAAAUCUUAAAGAAGCUGCACCAUGAAAAUGUGAUUGACCUGAAAGAGAUUGUAACAUCUCCAGGUCGUGAGAAGGAUGAGCAAGGGAGGCCAGGCAAGUGUUUCUACCUUCAUAAACAUAUGACUUCAUUUGCAGAUGGUAACAAGUAUAAGGGUGGAAUCUACAUGGUUUUUGAGUACAUGGACCAUGAUUUGACUGGGCUUGCUGAUCGUCCUGGAAUGAGAUUUUCAGUGCCGCAGAUUAAGUGUUAUAUGAGGCAGCUUUUGACAGGACUUCACUAUUGUCAUGUGAAUCAAGUACUUCAUCGUGAUAUUAAAGGUUCCAAUCUUCUCAUUGACAAUAAAGGCAAUUUGAAGCUUGCCGAUUUUGGGCUUGCUCGAUCCUUCUCAAAUGAUCACAAUGCAAAUCUUACAAAUCGUGUGAUUACUUUAUGGUACAGACCACCUGAGCUGCUUCUUGGGACCACAAAGUAUGGUCCAGCUGUUGAUAUGUGGUCGGUUGGUUGCAUCUUUGCUGAGCUGCUUCAUGGAAAACCAAUCUUUCCAGGGAAGGAUGAGCCAGAGCAGCUGAACAAGAUUUUUGAGUUGUGUGGCGCUCCAGAUGAGGUUAAUUGGCCUGGAGUUUCCAAGAUUCCAUGGUAUAACAGUUUCAAACCAUCAAAGCCAAUGAAAAGACGUCUAAGGGAGGUUUUCAGACACUUUGAUCGACAUGCUUUGGAGUUGCUUGACAAGAUGCUGACCCUUGACCCAUCUCAGAGAAUAUCAGCCAAGGAUGCACUUGAUGCCGAGUAUUUCUGGACUGAUCCAUUACCAUGCGAUCCAAAGAGUUUGCCAACCUAUGAAGCUUCACAUGAGUUCCAGACAAAGAAAAAGCGUCAGCAGCAGAGGCAGCACGACGAAGCAGCUAAACGUCAGAAACUGCAUCACCAGCAGCAGCAUGGUCGGCUUCCACCGGUUCAGCAGUCGGGGCAAGGACACCCAAUGAGACCAGGGCCAAAUCCCCCAAUGCAUGCAUCCCAUCCUCAGGCUGCUGGCGGACCUAGCCACCACUAUGCAAAGCCGCAUGGACCUCCAGCAGGACCAGGCAGAUAUCCAGCUGGUGGAAAUCCUUCUGGAGGAUACGGUCACCCUACUCGUGGCCAAGGUGGAGCUUAUGGCAGUGGUCGAUAUCCACCUCAAGGAGGAAGGGGUACCCAAUAUGGUUCAGGAGGGAUGCCAGGCGGCGGUGGUCCCCGCCCAAAUUAUCCUCACGGUGCCCCAUAUGGGUCUUCUGGUACUGGACGUGGCUCAAAUGUGAAUCGCAAUCAACAACAAUACAAUUGGCAGCAGUAACACUUCAUUCCUGCUUCGAUAUAGUAAGCAAAAUGUUCCAACUUAUGUGAAAUGUAAGAAGCAAAGUGUGGAUUGGAAUAUUCCCCACUUCAUUGGUUUUUCUGAUCCACCGCAUGCAUCGCAAGAGAAGGGAGGCAACGUGUGGGAGGGCAUCGGUCGAACCUGUUUAUAUGGGAAGUUGUUACACUGAAGGUCACGUAAAAUAUAUAAUAUUAUGUGUUCUGUGGACAGUGUCUGAUGUUGUCUACGUCCAAAUUUACUUGUGAACAGAACCACCAUAAACCUACACUGCCAAGGAGCACUUAUGUUUUUAUCCGUUUGUAGUGAAUAUCUUAUUUGUUUGGAUGCUGAAAUUCACUUUUUCAUGAAUCGUAAAUCGAGAUCCCAAUGUGUAACCGCUCUUUUAAAUUUGUGAGCUGAAUUUAUUGGAACGCUGAGCCACAUCACCUGUUAGUUUCUGCA